AUGGGCGGCGCAUUAUCCGCAUCCCGAUCCGCUCCCGCCAGCCCUCCUCAACGACAGUAUUCCCGGGACGACGGUACUCACGAUGAGACCGUUGGCAUCAUUUCCCGCGGCCCGGACCGCAACUACCAAAGCAUGAACGCCACAACCCCGAACAUCACGACGGCGACGGCACCCGAGCUACGGCCCCGUAAGACGAUCCAGACGACACGGAGUCAGCUUCCACCGCAAGCUGAGGUAGACGAGGAAGACUAUGACACGUUCGUGGCCCGGGAGGAGCGAGCAAGAGAGGCUCAGGUACGAGAGCCGUGGUACACAAUCUUCCUGUCUAGCUUCCAGAGCAUUGAGCUCGAGAACAAGGGAAGCGUAGCUCGAGAUCACUUGGCACUAGAGCGAACCUUUCUCGCCUGGCUCCGUACGUCUCUUGCAUUCGCCUCUAUAGGCAUUGCCGUAACCCAGCUUUUCCGCCUCAACUCAUCCAUAUCCAACCCCGACUCGAGCAGCCAUACACUGCGCCAACUUGGCAAGCCACUAGGCGCAACCUUCCUCGGCAUCAGUAUCCUCAUUCUCUUCCUGGGCUAUCAACGCUACUUCCGUGCCCAGCAGUGGGUCAUGAAGGGCAAGUUCCCCGCGAGCAGAGGCACCAUCAUCAUCGUGUCCAUGGUAGCGUUUGCCCUCAUGGCGGUCAGCUUGGUGGUCGUAAUAGUAGUCGGUCCCACUGAUACCGAGCGGUGA